UUAAUGGCAAAAUUCGCUUGUACCGACAGUAAAAGUAGCGUGUGGUCGCUUAUCAAAUACACCAGAUUGUUGGGACCACAUGUGGAAAUCCCAGCGGCAUCGGGGCAGAAGAUGCUAAUCAGUUAUAAUAAAAGUCGGCGCUAUCUCAGUGUUCUCUACAAAGGCUCGGUGCUUGAGGAAUUCUCGCUUGCUGCUUACGUGCGGCUGACUGUGAAGAGCAAGGAUCUGGAUGUUUUCUUUCAAGUUGCUUCGACGGGUGGGGCACAGAUGACGAGGUUUCGUGUGAAGUUCGCAUCACAGGAAAUCCACGCAUCGUUUAUUGAAUUCAUUUCACUUUUUGUGAAAGUUUUACCACCUUCAUCAGCCCUGAACUGCUCUACAGACUUCAGCCAGUCACAGUCGGUAAGUACCUGUUUUAAACUUCCCUCUUACUCACAUAUCGAUGCGUGA